AUGUCUGAUCGCGCGGCGUCUUUCCGACUUGCGCCUCCGUCACCAUCAUCUCCAGCUACCGGGUCUCUCAAAGAGAGCCAACCUGCGGUCAUCAAUUCUGAACCAACCCCACAGACUCCGACAUCCCCUCCGUUGAUGUCGGUAGGCGCUCCGAACUAUGCCUCCAAUUUCACAUCUUCGCAAGCAUCCCCGAGCCAGGCAAUGUCCCAACCUGCGAACCUCUCCUCGCCGCCUUCCUCUGCUCCGAUGUCCACUCAAGCCUCUCAGCAGCCUACAGUAGGCGCGACCAACUCGUUUCCCACACCCGCUAGCAGCGUGAGUGGCCACUUUAUGGCCGCGAUGUCGGUCGAUGAUCCUGAGCACGCCGACAAAUCCUUUGGGGGAGGGCCACCCCCGGCCGUGCAAGGAAGUUCAUCAACUCCGCAAGCAGAACACAGACGUACCGAUCAUGACCGGAAUCCGGGAGAUCUGGGUAUGGAAACUGGAGUUCGCGAUUUUGCUAACAUGGGCGACCAGAAUCUGUCUAGUCAUGGUGACGCCAUGGAUAUUGACAAAGAAACGAUAGCCCCGUCCAAUGCGGACGAUUUCAGCUUAGACUCACUACAGAAGGAAUUUGCAUCGGCCUAUCAUCUGUGCAAAAGCUCCCAUAUCGUGACUGGACCGGAUCCAUCACUAGAUCUAGUCUCCUUAUACGGGCUAGGUCCGGUUGCGAAAUCGGUUGCAAGGAUGGACCCGGUAACGGGGGAGAAGAUUAACAGACUCAGGAAGUCCUACGAAGGAAAAUUGAAGGGUCUGGGCCUGGCAGGAAGAAACAAACCCGUCAAGCAUGAUUCUAAUACGCCCGGCGGGCUCCUGACGCUUACCCAAUGGCCGGAGGAGGAAUGGCAAAACCAGAAAGUAUAUGGGAAGCCGAUCAAGAUCGCGGAUAUGGACUCGGAGCUCCAGAAGCUCCAGAAGGCGAUGCACAUGGAGCCUGGCACACUGCCGGACAACGAGUACUGGGAAGAUGUCCUGGGACAUGAAAAGCCAUCGAAGCAUGCAAGCAGCGGGGAUGCUGGCAAGAAGACUGCGACACCCACCAACGGCGUCCGAGCUACAGUUCAAUCGAAUGGGACACCAGCGGCGGCGGAGUCCGAGAGAGCUCGGCCCAGUCGGGGUCGCAAAAGACAUUACGACGACAACAGUUUUGUUGGAUACGGCGAAGGAUAUGCAGAUGACGAUGAUGACGGCGCAUUCUACUCCAACAACGAAGGGGCCGGAAAGAAAAAGCGGAAGAAGGAUCAUGUUUCGAAAAUAUCAACCCCUCUACCCGAUCGCGGUGGAAGCUAUGGAGUCGGCAUGUAUGGGAUUGGAGCCCGGUAG